AUGGAGAUAUAUAUUUGGAAAGGACAGAAAGAGAGACGUAGUAUCGAAAUAAUUGGUGUCCCGCGGAUGGAUCUCCCACCGCUAGGGCCACGCACGUAUGAGAUUUUUCCCUUAGUGGGCGAUGCUUGUAACUAUUUUUCUUUGAUUGCUCCGACAUCUCGGUAUAUACCAACCGGGACCCCCCCCCCUGCUUGGUUUAUAUCAAGCGACUCGUGUUCAAAAUACUUUAUAUAUAAAAGGACAACUAAAGGGAUACUAGUUUUUGUAGAUCACACUUUGUGGGUUCCCUUUGCUCUCCAUGUUAGCCUCGAGCAUCAACAAUAUAAUAAUCUUAUAAGCAUGUCCGAUAAAGAGAUAGAAAGCGUUAACUCACACACACACCACGAUGACCCGGCCACCUUGUUCGAGGAGACUCACAGGAAAGGGUCCGGCCCCUUAGAGGAGGACCCAGAUGCUCCAGAAUCGAUACAGAGGAUUUAUACAGGUGGUGCAAACAACGAGUACAUAUACAUCGGUAGGCAGAAAUUCCUGAGGGAGGACCUGGUGGAUGCCUUUGGUGGUACGUUGAAUCCAGGUUUGGCACCCGUGACGAGUCACAAGUUCGGUAAUCCAGCUCCAUUGGGGUUGUCCGGUUUCGCCUUAACGACUUUCAUCUUGUCAAUGUUCAACGCAAGGGCACAGGGGGUGGUCAUUCCAAAUGUAGUGGUAGGUGCAGCCAUGUUUUACGGUGGGCUGGUACAACUGAUCGCAGGUAUCUGGGAAAUAGCAUUGGAAAACACUUUUGGUGGUACAGCAUUGUGCUCCUACGGUGGGUUUUGGUUAAGUUUUGGAGCCAUAUAUAUACCAUGGUUUGGUAUCCUGGAUGCAUACAAGGAGAAGGAGAGUGACCUGGGGAACGCAUUGGGGUUCUACUUGCUAGGUUGGGCCAUCUUCACAUUUGGAUUGAGCUUGUGCACCAUGAAAUCGACAGUGAUGUUCUUCGCGCUCUUCUUUUUACUGGCUAUCACUUUCCUACUGCUUUCGAUCAGCGAAUUUACAGGGAGGUUCAGUGUUAAGAGGGCCGGGGGGUACUCGGUGUGGUAG